CAAUAAUAUGGUAGCCAUGAUCUUAUCUGUUUCAUACAAAUGCAUGCCUUACCAGCAAGUCAGCAGCACCGAGUCUUCGCCAAAUCUUCCUUGCUCAUCCACUCCUCGUAAAACAAAGGAUAACAGUUAAGUACAUAUGGAUCCUUACGGAACUGUCGUCUUCUCCACCGUAGGCAGAACUCAAUACGGCUUCGAUAUCUUCUCCGUCAAACUUCCACCAGCUCUUGACCAACUCAAUUCCACUCCGUCUAAGGCCUCCGAGCAACGCCUGACCGACGGCGUCUCUGUUAAUUUCAAUGGCCAGUUCCUCGACGAAGGACACACGUUCGUCUUUGUCUCAGAGAGAUCCGGAUCGUCUCGGGUCUACAUGCAGCAAAAUCUCUCAAAGCCGGAGCAGUUACUCUCUCCCUCCGAAAGCGUCUUCCAUGACCGUCCUCUCAUCAGGAAUGGACAGCAGCUGCUUUAUAUUUCUGCUCAUGAACCUCCCGCGGAGCUUUUCAAGAGCUGGUCAGCUCUUUACUCCACCGAUCUCCGUCAGAGGAAAAUCACUCGGCUGACGCCGUACGGCGAAGCUGAUUUCAGCCCCUCCGUUUCUCAAACCGGCAAAUUCAUCGCCGUCGCGUCUUACGGGUCUCGUCCUUGGGCAGGUGAGUUUCACGAUCUCCAAACGGAUAUCGUUGUUUUUCCAGAGUCAGAUCCCGCAAGGCGGAUUCAUCUGUGCCAGCACGGUGGUUGGCCUUCGUGGUCCGGCGAUGAGACCGUCUACUUUCACCGCCAAGCCGAAGACGGCUGGUGGAGUAUUUACAAGUUCAAUUUGCCGGAAAAUUUUACAUGGACCGAUGAUCCAGCUCAAUGCUCAUACGCCGCCCCUGUUCGAGUAACUCCACCAGGCCUUCACUGCUUCACCCCUGCAGCAGUGCACAAUUCAACUAGAAUUGCAACCGCAACCAGACGGCGGGGCAGUAGUUACCGGCACAUUGAAAUUUUUGAUGCGGAGUCAGGUGAAUUUUAUCCGGUCACCGAAUUACUAAACCCUAACUGCAACCACUACAGCCCGUUUCUCUCUCCAGGAUCAAAUGUGCUCGGUUACCAUCGAUUCAGAGGAGAAUCGGUACAGCAUGAUGAAGACAUAAUUCCAAAUUUGGAUCUGGUAACUUCUCGGGUGAACACUCUUCGGAUGUUUAGACUGAAUGGAUCAUUCCCUUCUUUCUCUCCAUCGGGGUAUUUUAUUGCGUAUAGUCGUAAAUUGGACUCCCAAUCGACCAUCACAAACGGCCUCAGCAUUGUCAGGUCAGACGGUUCUAAAAGGUGGACGUUAAUCAAUGGCCGCACGGCGUUCGGCAACGCCUGGAGCCCGGCGGAGCACGGCGUGAUUUUCACGUCAAUAGGGCCUAUAUUCGAGUCUGUUAAAGCUUCUGUCCAGAUAGCCCGUGUUACUUUCGAUCCCAGGGACUUGACUAACGAUUCUCAAGAAAAUGUCCCUGCGAGCAUCAAAAUUUUGACGAAAGAAUCCACAGGCAAUAACGCUUUUCCAUCUUGCUCACCGGACGGGAAACACAUCGUGUUCCGGUCUGGUCGAUCAGGAUACAAGAAUCUCUAUGUAAUGGAUUCCCUCAAUGGAGAAUUAGACGGCGGAAUCCGCCAGUUAACAGAUGGACCUUGGAUCGAUACCAUGCCUAGCUGGUCACCUGACGGCAAACUGAUUGCAUUCUCGUCCAACAGACACGACCCAGACGACGCCACUCAGUUUAGCAUCUACGUCAUUCGUCCCGACGGAACUGAUCUUCGCAAGAUUCACGUUGCUAGGCCGGAAGGAUUUGACGAGGUGAACAGCAGGGAGAGAAUGAAUCAUGUUUGUUUCAGUUCGGACAGUAAGUGGAUGUUGUUCACGGCCAACUUGAGCGGAGUAACAGCAGAACCGGUAUCACUGCCCAACCAGUUUCAGCCGUACGGCGACCUCUACAUUGUAAGGUUAGAUGGCACUUCACUGCAGAGGCUAACGGCAAAUGGAUAUGAAAAUGGCACGCCAGCGUGGCACCCAAUAGCUGAGGUGGAUUUGGCGGGUAUGAGCAACGGUGAGAAGUUAAGAGGCCAAUUUGAUGAACCUAAUUGGAUCCACUUUGACUUUUGAUUGCGCGUUUCUAAUUAGAUUUUGUCGAUGUUAUUUUCUUAAUCCAUAUGUUAAACAUGCAGGCAUACUUUAGCUUAAUGUACAUAUAAAGCUUACCAGGCAUUGUGGAAAUAAAUAAACAAAAUUUUAGUGAGCA